UCUUGAAACAUUUUGUUUACAUUCCGAGAGAAGUGAAGCCAUUUCCAUCCUUAAAGAUCAGAUCAGAUCAAGUCAGAUCAGAUCAGGUCAGAUCAGUUAUCCCCUCCCGUGCAGACACCGCGAUGAGGCUGCACCUGGCGGCGAUCCUGAUCCUCUGCAUCGAGCACGUGUCCAAGGCGGUCGCCCAGGGGAUGCCGAUCAGCCCCUGUCCCAAGGUGUUCCAGUACCGCUUCGACGGCAGCGAGUGGUUCGGCCUGAUGGCGGUGCGCAGUCCGGAUGGCCACCAGCCGCUCCACAUCCGGGUGACGCUCUCCAUGCGAGGGAAGCCCACUACGAACUAUCUGGGUGAAAUCGAGCUACUGACCCGCGGCAAGUUCGCCCACAAUGCCCCGGUUCUCUACAAGAUCCGUUUUCCCAAGCACCACUUCCCGCCCAAACUGCUCCUCCUGUCGGCCAAUAACCAUGUGAUCUGCUUCGGAUCCGGCGAGCACAGCAUCUUCAUGACCCAAAUCCAGCUGGAGCACAUCAGGAAACUGUCCUUCAUACCGGAUAAGAGCAGCUCCCUGCUGUUGGAUCCCCACGAGAGCAAAGCCGAGGCUGCGGAGGCGGAGCAGGAGGCCAAGAAGACGGACGACAAGGCGCACAUCCAGUUCAAGAAAAAACCCUUUGGUCAGGCGCCCAAGGAGAUUUGCGGUCGCAUCGACAGGGAGCUCGACUUUCGGUUGUCCCAGCGCAGGGAACAGGAUCAGGAUCAGGAACUGGAAACCGAACCUAUCCUUGGCGCCGAUGCCAUUACAUCGCCCGUUUUUGUUGAUGAUAACGACGACGAGGAUGCUGAUGGUCUGGAUCACUUUGUGGACGAAUCGGAAGCGGAGGCGGAGGAGAACGAGGCCCUGAAUGAUAACAAGAGUCUGCCGUCCAUUACCAGGGGGUCCUGGCCCUGGCUGGCGGCCAUCUAUGUGAACAACCUGACCUCCUUGGACUUCCAGUGCGGCGGUACGCUCGUCUCGGGACGCGUGGUCAUCAGCUCGGCCCAUUGCUUCAAGUUGUUCAACAAGCGCUACACAUCCAACGAGGUGCUCGUCUUUCUGGGCCGGCACAAUCUGAAGAACUGGAACGAGGAGGGUUCUCUGGCGGCCCCCGUCGACGGCAUCUACAUCCAUCCCGACUUCAACAGCCAGCUGAGCAGCUAUGAUGCGGACAUCGCUGUGAUCAUACUCAAGGACGAAGUUCGAUACAACACCUUCAUUCGGCCCGCUUGCCUGUGGUCUGGUUCCAGCAAGGCGGAGUACAUUGUGGGCGAGCAGGGCAUCGUCAUCGGCUGGAGCUUCGACAGAUCGAACCGGACGCAGGAUCAGAAGCUGCCGUCGAGCGUGCCGGGCAAGAAGUCCAGCGAUUCGCACAGUGCCCCCAAGGUGGUCAAGGCUCCGGUGGUCGGCAAUGCAGAGUGCUUCCGGGCCAAUGCCCACUUUCGCAGCCUUUCCUCGAACCGAACCUUUUGCGCUGGCAUCCAGACGGAGGAGCGUGAUCGCCACCCGAGCAGUGCCAGCAUCUACACCGGCAUAUCCGGGGCCGGGCUUUUCAUCCGCCGGAACAAUCGCUGGGUGCUGCGCGGCACCGUUUCAGCCGCCCUGCCCGCCGUAGAGUCACCCGAUCCGGGGGCCAGCAGCCACAAGCUUUGCUGUAGAAACCAGUACAUCAUAUAUGCUGACGUGGCCAAGUUCCUGGACUGGAUCACGGCCUUCAUAAUCUAAAAU